GUGAGAUUUCGAACAUUUAUGAAUUCAUCCUUACAUGUUAGGUUCCUAACCUCUUCACUUUUAAUAUUUUCCGUAGUGUCUAAAAUUCCGAUUGUGUACCAAAUAUCGCAGUUUAGGUAUUCGGUAAUAAUACGCAAUUUUAUCGUGCCUAUUAUAUCCGCGAAUGAAAUAUAAAAUAUAUUUUCAUUCGGUUUAUCAGGUUUGUCUAUAAAUUAAGAUGUAACGAUUACAAAGAGUUUAAAUGCAAUUUAAUAAGUUUUACAGAACCCGGCUCCUACCUACCAUUGGUACUUAAAGAUGAGCCUAUAAACGUUGCAGACAGUGUAAAAAAUAGUAAAAAUUUCAUUGUAUGCCACUUGAAAUUAAACUUAAACUUUAGGAAAAUGUAGAUGUCGAUUCAAAUUACGUGGAUAUAUAUAUACUUAAAAUUAUGUUUGUUUAAGAUCUAUUUCAGUCGUUAACAAACAUUGCUAAACUAUUACAAGUGGUUUUUGUUUAUAAUGUAUAAAAUUAAAAAGAUAAGCAAAAUGAUAACAAAAGAACGUCAGUCAAAUGUCAAACCGAAAUAUUAAAAAUAAAAAAUGUGUAAAUAGUUUUAGAUAUAGUUUAAUUUGAACUGCAAAUUACAAUUUAACAUUGUAAAAAAAAUGGACGAACUAAAUUGGAUUGGCAAAGGAAUUGAAUAUUUGAGUAAAAGAACGUCGGAGAUUUAUUUUACAAAAUUUCCAACCUUGUAUCAUUUAUGCUACGAUCCAAUUGGAACACACAAGAAGAGUCGUACCUUCUUUGGAUUUCUACUGGGCUUUUUUAUGGGAUUUUCUUUCUACGAAUUCGUCAUUGUUGACUUUCAAUUCGAUCAGAUAACAAGUCUAAUUUUUGGUGCUCUUAUCAUAACCAUGCUCUCUUUUGGAUUCGCUAUUUCAAUUCAGGCGAGAUGCAUUGGCUUAUUGACAAUUCCGGCAUUUUUCGGUCGCUCCGGUCGAAGUGUACUGAAAGCCCUAGUUUUCGGUUACGUAAUCGCAGGUCCAAUUUUUAAUUUAACUUUAAAUGGAAAAGAAGUUGUCAGAACAUUUUCGUGUACAAAUCAACUCACUCAAAAUAUGUCCAAAACUAGAUACAAUCUUAUGAUCCAACCAUUUAAGCAAGCUCUAAUGAGUAUGAAAACAAACGCCGAGGAGAUAAAGGACACAUUGUCAUCGGUAAAAGAUUUGAUAAGUCCGAUUGUCGAGGAGAUCGAGGGUCAAGAGGAAAUGCAACGACUUCAGGAGGAAAACGAUUAUUUAGAUGAAUUGCAAAAUGAUACAAAGAGAAGCGAGGAAAUUGAACAAAAACGAUUGAAGGCACAAUUGAACGCCAAAUCGGAGGGCGAAAUUUAUGAGGCGAAUUACAAGGCUAAAAUUGAAACUCGUUGUGAGGAUCAACUGAGUCAUGGCACUGAAAAUUGUCGAAAAAUGUUUGCCAACGCCUAUGAUAAAUGCUACAUUAAAGUAUCUCCAGUCGCAGCUUGGCUACUUUGUUGGCCGAUGAAAUUGACAUUUAUCUGCAACAUUGUCCAAGCACUCGGCGGACCCAACAUUUGCAAUCCAGAAGGAAAUGUCGAUUCCGGAAUUGGCGAAGGAUACGCUCAAUUAAAAGAAACAAAAAAAGUAUUUGGCGAGAAUAUGAGAAAAGCAACUCUUCAGUACCAAGUGAAGAAACCGCGAAUGCCAAUUGAUGUACAUGAUGCAAAAGAUACGGCGAAGGCAAUAUUACACGAAUUCGAUUCAAAGAAAAAAAUGUUCGAUACCAUAACAACGUUAAUUAAACGUUGUCUGGCACUUGUUUUCUUGAAAAUAAUACUCGGCGCUCAAAGAUAUCAUGAUGAAUACUUAACUAAAAUAGAACACGAUAAUUUUUACAUAACGUCGUAUUUCCGAAAAAUUGACGCUCGUCGUAAAGCACGAGGCAGUUCGACCCUUUUGCCAUUACGUAAAUGUGAGAGACAAAAAUUUGUCGAUCCUUACAAAAUCAAACAGAGUAAAUUCGAAAGAAAGAGUCUCGUUGGUCAGACGGCGAAAUUAAUUUUAGAAAUCGCCACCGUCACCACCUUUGUCCUCCUCGAUAUUCUCUUUUACGAAACUUUGGACAUCAUCAAAAGACACUUUCAUUUGGAAUUUUCUCAGAAAGGUCAUCACGACAUGUCAAUAGAAGUCCGAGGAUCAGGACUAAUAGCUUCCUUAGUACGAAGUGUAAUUCGCGGUUUUAAUAUCAAAAAGCGAAUAAAUACAGUUGUGAGUAAUGAAGAAUGUCUCCCAAGAGCUAGAAAACUUCCCGGCUACAUUAUAUUCAAGAUCUAUGGCACCUAUUUUGCAAUUUGGCUCAUGCUCCUAGCUACUGCUUACACCCAAAGAAUGAGACGUGUCAUAUGCUCAUUCUUCUAUCGUAAAAGAGAAAAGCGUCGUGUCCUCUAUUUAUACAACGAAUCGACCCGCAAACGUUUCGGAUACCUUCGAUUUAUGAAGGCAAAAGUAAAAAAUCUCGUGAGGACACGAAAUCUCGAGAAGGACAUUGAUCUUUGGUUGGGCUUGAGAAAGAGAUAUCCAAAAAUUUUCGGAUGGCUACAAUUUUUCGCCUGUGCAAGGGAAAAGUGUCUAGUUUGCGAGGAAACUGAACCAAGAAAGGAGCCAAAAUUUCGUAAAUGUGAUACACCAGGAUGUCCAUUUUUACACUGUCAGGAGUGUUGGAGAGACGUGGGGGAAAUUUGUUUAGCUUGUGCCGAUCCUUACGAAAGUGGUUCCAAUUCCGAGGAAACGGACAAUGAAGAUGAUGACGAUGAUGAAGAUGACGAAUUUUAAACACUUCGAACUUUAAUUCUUUUUCAAUUGUACCAAAAAAUUCAAACAUAAAAACAUCCGAGUCUUUAGUAAUGUUAUAAUAUUAUUAAUUAACUUUUAAUCGGAGUUGGUGAAACCGUCUCUUAAUUUUUAAAAAUUUCCUCUCACCUCAAUCUGCUCGACUUGGAAAAACAGCAAAAAUUCAAUUUCCGUUCAUUACAAAAUCCCUCUUAUCUAAGACUCACUAUUAAAGUCCAUAUAAUCGAGGACAAAUACAUUCUUCAGAAUCUAAUCAACUUCCUACCGUUUUUUUUUUCAUAAUGAUUCCAAAAAUUAUAGAAAAUCGUUCAUGUGCUUCAUUUUCCAUGCACGAGAGCACAAAGAAGUGACUCUAAUUUACCAUAAAUCGCGUGCAAAGGAUAAUUCGUUUAUUUGUUUGACUUUGAUAGUUUGCUCGUGGCCUCUAAUCGACGGGGGGAAAGGGAAUAUUUUAUGCAGAGACUUAUAAAGAACAUUCAACGCUCGAGAUGUUGCAGUUUCUUUUUUGAUAAAAUAAAAUAGAAGUACU